CAAACAUUCUAAAUAUAAAACUACAAAUUACCUGUAAAUUACAGCUUUGAUUAGAAAAGGAAAAAAAUAAAAAUUCAAUGGUAAAAAUAAAAACUUAGUGCUCUCCCUCUUCUUCUUUCUCUUGGUUGAGAUUGCAAUCAACAAUUCUGAGGGAUCUCUUGAUCCUUCUCUCCUCUCUCUCUCUUCCUCUCUUCGUCAGAAAAUCUUCAACAUUUUUCUGGUCAAGAAAACAAAAAUCCAUGCGUUCAAGGUUUACGGGAGUUGCAAAGCUGUAACAAUCGUUAAAUCUUGAACGUAUAAAGAUUGUCUCCGGCGUGUGGUUGGUUGUACACACUCACCGGAAUCAAAACCUUCAAUAAGAGCAAUGGCAACGACAAUGAAAGGUCUUCUUAAGGGCCUUCGUUACAUUACUCAGAUUUUUGACGAAGAGAAAGAACAGGAGAUGCAGAUAGGGUUUCCGACCGAUGUAAAGCAUGUUGCGCAUAUCGGCUCUGACGGUCCAGCAGCCAAUACGCCAAGCUGGAUGAAUGACUUCAAAUCUCAAGAAAAUGAGAACGCUCAAGUCGUUUCAAGAGGCAACUCCAACAAAUACAACCCUCAAGAGAUGAACCAACGUGGAGCGGGGCUAAAAGAGCUACUUCCUCCGACCAACAACGAGAAACCGAAACAUAAACACAGGCGUAAACCAGGAAGCAGCGGGAACGUUGCAUCAUCAGAGGAACCAGUGAAGCACUCAUCAAGACAUAGCCGAAGCAAACACGGGUCGAUGGACUCAUCGUCGAGUGAUCAAGAGCCUUCAGUACGUAGAAGGCGUAGUGGAGAAGGUUCUACUAAUCCUUUUCCAGAUGGUUCAGCUCCUCCACGGAAGGGUAAACCGAGGAAACACAAAGGAUCAAUAGGAGGAGAAGGGUCGGUGAGGAGAUCAUCAAAAGACAAACCAGAUACUGAGAGUUGAGUUGAUGUAACGAUAUUACAUAAAAGAAAACGAUAAACAUGAAAUGUAAUUUUUUUUUUUACGAGUUUUGUCUUAAGGGAAACAAAAACAGUUUCUGAUUCAAACUCACAAGUUCCAUUGAAGGAAAUGUAUUAAGAGAACAGUAAGAGAUACAUAUCAAUCAAUCAUCUAUUUCUUGCGGAGAUCUAUGCCAGCUUUCUUGGCGACAGCGUCGAGUCCGUUCUUCUCAAUGGUCUUCAAGGCCUUUGUUGAUAAACGAAGCUUGACGAAGCGUUUGCCAGCUUCCCACCAGACUUUCUUGUACUGUAAGUUGACGAACUGCAACUUCUUGGUCUUGUGGUUAGAGAAGGAGACUUUGUUGGCUCUGUUCGCUUUCUUCCCAGUAAAAGGACAGAUCCUCCCUGACACACACAAAAAAAAAAAAAAAAAAAAAACAGUUUCAAAGGCAAAGAAAG